AUGGAGAAUUCGGCCGGUGAGCGUACGAUAUCACUGUUCGGUCGAAUCUUUCCACGCAACGCCUUCAUUUGUCGACUGUUCUAUCUAGCAUAUUUCGCAUCAUUUGGAUCGCUUUUUCCUUUGUUAGCUGUUUACUUCAAACAACUCGGGAUGACUGCCGCACAGACUGGAGUGCUCCUCGGAUGUCGUCCCCUCAUCGAAUUCGCUUCGGGACCGUUUUGGGCUUCUUUCGCCAAUCGUUUCAGGAAACAAAAGCUGCUGUUGCUGUUUUCGCUUGGCUCGUGGGUUGUCUUCACACUAGCAGUCGGGUUCGUACAACCUAUCACUCCUUAUUGUGUGGUCCUUGUACCAGGUGGAAACAAGUCAUGUCAGAUGAUGUUAGUACCAGCUGGGAAUGUGAUUCGUGGUGGAGCAUUAGAGAUAAUUGAGAAAAUCAUCGAUCUGAGCACAUUCGACAAUGAAGAGGAUAUGGUGGCCGGCAUUGCUCCCGAAUAUAUCACCCGAGACCAGGUCUGUAACUACGACGAAUCCGAAUACGGCGUACUUGUCUCGCCUCCGCAUUCGACCCGCGUCUACCGUCAGCCGGCUGUCGAGCAGGUGUGUCGUACUAUACCUUUCUUCAAAUUAUAA